AUUGUUAUAAAGAAAACUGAUAAUGAUAACUGAGUAUUGAUAAGACAUGUGGAGAUAAUGAAAACAAAACAAAGUAAUUUGUAAAUUUUAAACAAAUUUUUUAUGAAAAACAAAAGCGAGUGAUUAAUUUACGUAAAUAUUUAAAUAUUUUUAUUUUCUAACCUCUAAUUAAUAAUUAAUUGCAGGUUUUAUUAGCAGAAGUUGCCAACAGAGCGUCUUUUCAAAAAAGGUUCUUUGUUUGGUUUAGUUUUGAAGGGGAGAAAAUUUUUUCAGUGUUUGAUACUUUAUGGUUACUCGAUGAAAGAAAGUCUUUGUUUGUUACGAUUUUUGUAUAUUGGUUUAUCAAAAAAUAUGAACUAUUACGCAGUUGCUAAAGGACGUAGUCCUGGAAUUUAUCAAACAUGGGAUGAUUGUAAGAAUCAAGUGAAUAAAUUUCCUGGUGCAGUUUACAAAAAAUUUUCAUCUCAAGCGGAAGCGCAAUCAUUUAUUGAAGAGCGCAGUGGCCCUACAAGUAAAAGUUUAAAAAGAUCUUAUAGCUCUUCUUCUGGGUACUCGUCAAGUUCCAGCAGUGACUCUUUUUCAAAAUAUUUCAAAAAAGAUUUAAGCACUGACAAAAAUAUCACUGGUACUUCAAUUAGAAUAAAUUUAAAAAAAUCAAGUUCUGGGUCAUCGAGUUCCAGUAGCUCAUUAACGUCAUUUUUUAAAAAAACUGGCGUCAACACAACUGCGUUAACUCACACCUCUGGUAAUUCUUCUAAUGUGAUACCAUCAAGACAAUACUCAUCUGCGGAAAACAAUUUUUCCUUUAAUACAGACACAGAAGGUCGAGUUGAUAUUUUUACUGACGGUGCUUGCAGUUCAAACGGUUCUAAGAAUGCAAAAGCUGGUAUCGGUGUUUAUUUCGGAGACCAUCAUCCAGCGAAUGUUUCAAAACCAGUGGAAGGGCGCAUAACAAAUAAUUCCGCAGAAAUAGAAGCUGUUAUCGAAGCAGCAAAAGUUGCUAAAGAAAAUGGUAUUAAUAAAAUAAGAAUAAAUACAGACUCUGCAUUUUUAAUAAACUGUCAAACGAAAUGGAUCAAAAAAUGGAAAGCAAGAGGAUGGACGACUUCUAGUAAUAAACCAGUUCUCAAUAAAGUUGAAUUACAAAAAAUGGAUAAAGUUCUUUCUGAGCUUGAUGUUGAAUUUAAUCACGUUCGAGGACACAAAGGUAUUCAUGGAAAUGAAAUGGCUGAUAAAUUAGCCCGAGCUGGUGCUGAAAAAUCGCAGUGAUGUUACUUAUUUAAUUUUUUUGUUUAAUUUGUAUAAAGUGAGACCUGAGUACGACAGAGUUAUUUAUAUAUCUGUUUAUACAAUAAAACUAAUUUAUAACUUCAUGUUGCGACUACAUUUAUUCGAAUAAUUAAAUAAAUAAAUAAAUGAUAUUAUUUAUUAA